UUAGGGCGGCGAGCAGCCCCGGCUGCCCUCUCGGCGCCCGCAGCCGCGGCGGUGUCGUUGGCCGCCGCCCGCCAUGGAGGACUUGUGGUCGGCGGUGCUGCGGCUGGGCGCCGCCUGGCUGGCGCUGGUCUUCGCCCUCAUCGUGCUGCCCUCGGCGCUGGGCAUCUCGCUGGGCAUCUCCGAGGCCUACAUGUGGGCGCUGGUGAAGGCGCUGGAGUGGGCCACCAUCAGGAUAGAGAAAGGGAACCAAAGGCCACCCCCACAGAAGCCAAAGAGUCCUGCUCCUAAUGGCAUCAUCGAGCGGGACCAGACGCCGAUGGAGCAGGAGAUCGCGCGGCUGCGGCAGACGGACUUCGAGUUCUCUGACAUCUUCUACUUCUGCAGAAAGGGCUUCGAGGCCAUCGUGGAGGAUGAGGUCACCCAGAGGUUCUCCUCUGAAGAGCUGGUCUCCUGGAACCUCCUCACCAGGACCAACGUCAACUUCCACUACGUCAGCCUGCGGCUGAGCGUGCUGUGGGGGCUGGGGGUGCUGGUGCGCUACUGCCUCCUGCUGCCCCUGCGCUUUACCCUUGCUUUCAUUGGGGUCACCUCAAUGAUCGUGGGGACAACUCUGGUAGGACAGCUGCCAAGCAGCAGGGUGAAAAACUACCUGAGUGAAGUGGUCCACCUGACCUGCUCCCGCAUCCUGGUCAGAGCCCUCUCUGGUACCAUCCAUUACCACAACAAGGAGAACAGACCUCAGAAAGGAGGGAUUUGUGUUGCCAACCACACCUCGCCCAUAGACGCCAUCAUCCUGACCAACGAUGGGUGCUAUGCAAUGGUGGGGCAGGUUCACGGCGGCCUCAUGGGGGUGAUCCAGAGGGCCACGGUCAAGGCCUGCCCGCAUGUCUGGUUCGAGCGCUCCGAGAUGAAAGAUCGCCACCUGGUGACCAAGCGGCUCAGGGAACAUGUGGCUGAUAAAAGCAAGCUGCCAAUCUUGAUUUUUCCUGAAGGCACCUGCAUAAACAACACCUCUGUGAUGAUGUUCAAGAAGGGGAGCUUUGAAAUCGGGGGGACAAUCUACCCUGUGGCCAUCAAAUACGACCCUCAGUUUGGAGAUGCCUUCUGGAACAGCAGCAAAUACAACAUCGUCAGCUACCUGCUGCGCAUCAUGACCAGCUGGGCCAUCGUCUGCAACGUCUGGUACAUGCCACCCAUGGUCAGAGAGGGAUGGAGGGCUGAAACGAGCCAAAGUCAAGGACACCUUCAAAGAGGAGCAGCAGAAGAACUACAGCAAGAUGCUGGUGAAGAGAGGAUCAGUAGGAGGCCCAGCUGCAGGAGCAGAGUCAGACUGAAGGGGUGCACCUUGAAAACUGCUUUUUGCACAGAGCCAGCCCGAGCAGGGAUAAUGGCUUGGAAUUUAAGAGUGUGUGGGGGGAAAUGACCCCACACCACAUAAAACUUGCAAAACCAAACCCCAAACCCCGUGGAGCAUCCCCUGGAGGUUGUGUGGCUGCUGCAGAGCCUGCCGAGGGCAGUGGCUCUGCCCUCUCUUCACUCCUCUCACUCUCCUGCCCUCCCUCUCUUGGUGAGGUGAUGCUCUGCAGCUCCUGGUCCUGCGGAGCCGAAGGAGUGAAGAGGCAGAAGAGAAGCAGCAGCACUGCUGGAGCGGUGAGGCCGAAGGGCAGGGCCGCUGAGCAGGUGGCUGUGGAGGUGCCAUCUCCUGCGUGCUCUUUGGAAGGUAACCAAACCUCCUCUCUCCCCUGCUGCUCACAGACCUCAGCUGUGGAUGGUCUCACCUGUUGCAGGCUGCUGUCAGGACUGAGCCUGCACAUCUGCAAGGCAGGAAGGGGGAAGCAAGGGCUGCAGACCCUAAAAGCAUGGCCAAGAAACUGCCCUGCCAAAAGGACACUUGAUGGACCCUGAGGGAUUUUGGUGGCCUUUGUACCAUUGGUGGCCUGAGGGAAGAAGAAGGGGGAAGCCCUUCAGCUCCCUGCCCACUGCUGCUCUCAGAUUUCCCUUUCUUGAGCUGGAGCUGUAGAGGUAAGGGGCAGUCAGCAGCUGGAUCCUGUAGGCUGUGACAGAGGAGUUUACCAGGUGGGAGGUUUCAGGACUGCCCUUCUGCUGCUGCUGGAGCUCUGAAGAGAGCUGCUCCAGGAGCACCUUGCGUUGGGCUGGGCUAGCAGCAGCUCUCACAGCCAGCAGCACAGGACCCAUGGCUCCCUUGGGACGUGUGGCAGGUCCCAGCCUGCAAUGCCAGAGAAAUAAAUUCUAUAUUUCUAA